AGUUUUUGUGGGUGCCCGUCGCUGUUCGUGCGUGGAAAAAUCAAAGAUCGAUUUGUUGUUUUCGCAGUGUGUAUCUCGCUCGCGUGUGUGUUGUGUCUUUCGUUCGUUCGAUUUUGGCCAUAUUUGUCUGCUGUUGGGGCUAAGAAAUGUCUUCGAAACUGAUAUCAUCAUCGUUCCACAGCACGCCUCUGAGUGAUUGCUUUAAAGUGGGCGCGUUCGAGAGACGUUUGGAUGCACUCUUGGCGGAUUUGCAAAACAGCGUGCCGGGCCAGCCGCAGCCGGCGCAGCCUCAAUACGGCACCGUGCAAUCGAAGACGCAACAAUUUGUGGAUAAUACACCAGGCUAUGGCAGUCUGAGGGGCAAGGCGCAGCCGCAGGUGUAUACGGAGCAUUAUAGCUCGGAGACGCGCUCACCCAGCGCUGCGGAUUUCAAUGGUCAGAAGUUAAGCAAUGGCUUUCAGAGUCACAGCAACGGUUCAUUGCCACGCAGCGGCUAUAAAAAUGGCCAACAGUUGCCACCCAGCAGUUCCGGUUUGUCCGAGCUGGAUUCCUUGCUGCAGGAUUUGCAAAAUGCACGUUAUAAUAAUGGCAAGGAAAUCGAUGUGCCCUACAGCACUCCGCACUCGAAGUACAACACGUACAAUAGCUACGCCUCAGUGGAAGAGCGACCCACUGUCGAUAGCCUGCUUAAUGAACUGGAUAAUGCUCACAUUUAUGCUGUGCCCAAUGGAACUGCUCACAAAUCGCCCACGCCUGGCAGACAUGUGACCAUAACUGUGCGUGAAACCAAAACGGAGAAUCUAACAGGUCCGGAUGGACCAGUUGGUUCAAUUGAGGAGCGCAUUGUGCAGGAAAAGAAUUCGUAUACGCCAAAUCAUGCAGUGCCUGGAGUUCAUCAACAGGCCUACACCUCACAGGCAACAAAGGAGUUGGAUGAUUUAAUGGCUUCACUGUCGGACUUCAAGGUUGGCGGUAACGGUUACGAUCAGCAGCAUCAGCAGCAGCAGCAACAAGCAGGAAACGGAGCUCAGCAGUUGCAACAUCAUCAGCAACAUUAUCAGCAAACUGUAACGGAUUACGCACAGCCCAGCAAAGGGACACAGCAGGCGCAUUUGACGCAGACUAUCGAGGAGACAACCAUCGUCGAGGAGGACGAUAGCCGUGAGGAUCAAUUGGAUUCUAUGCUUGGCAAUCUACAGGCCAAUAUGAGUCGUCAAGGAGUCAAUACCGUACAGAAGGGCUGCUGCAAUGCCUGCGAGAAGCCGAUUGUGGGCCAGGUGAUCACCGCGCUGGGCAAGACCUGGCACCCGGAGCAUUUCACCUGCAACCACUGCAGCCAGGAGCUGGGCACACGCAACUUCUUCGAGCGCGAUGGCUUCCCCUACUGCGAGCCAGAUUACCACAAUCUGUUCAGUCCACGCUGCGCCUACUGCAAUGGCGCCAUACUGGACAAGUGCGUCACUGCGCUGGACAAGACCUGGCAUACGGAGCACUUCUUCUGCGCCCAGUGCGGCCAGCAGUUCGGCGAGGAUGGCUUCCAUGAGCGCGACGGCAAACCCUAUUGCCGCACCGACUACUUCGAGAUGUUUGCGCCCAAGUGCAAUGGCUGCAAUCGCGCCAUCAUGGAGAACUAUAUCUCUGCUCUGAACUCGCAAUGGCAUCCCGAUUGCUUUGUCUGCAGGGACUGCCGUCAACCCUUCCAGGGCGGUUCGUUCUUUGAUCACGAGGGUUUGCCCUACUGUGAGACACAUUACCAUGCCAAGCGCGGUUCGCUCUGCGCUGGUUGCUCCAAGCCAAUAACGGGACGCUGCAUUACGGCCAUGUUCAAGAAAUUCCAUCCGGAACAUUUUGUUUGCGCCUUCUGUCUCAAGCAGUUGAACAAGGGCACAUUCAAGGAGCAAAAGGAUAAGCCCUACUGCCAUGCGUGCUUCGACAAGAUAUUUGGUUGAAGCAGCCGCCAAAUAAACUAACAAGAAAACAAUAGUUACGAUUAUAAUGCUGUUUUGUACGAUUCACGAUUAUUCUUUUUCAAACAAUACUAUACCAUACAAUAUGAUAUAUUCAUCUGUGCUUUGUAUAAUCGAGUCAAAUUAGUAAUUUAAUUAACACUUUUAAUCCGUUAGUUGACACUAAUAAUCAAUU